UUGACCCAAUAGGCCUCACAGAUUUGUCGUGGGGCUACGCUAUUAUCGAGUUCAAAAAUGCGCAUAAACUUGUACUUUUGUCUCGUAGAACUUCAUUUUUUUUCUCCCGCCUUGAUGUGAGAUUUACUUAAGGUUUCAUAUGCCUUUCUUCCGAGGCUUGCAAUCUACAAGUCUGUUAGUCCUGCUUUUUUACGCGCCCUCCCCCGUGAACAUCGCAGUAUCAUGAAGGGUCAAUAGAGAGAUUUGAAGUUCAAGAACAAUUCCAAUAUAAAAUUGUACCCUCUUUUAAACCUAUUAAUAAAAGAGUGAGAAAUACAAUGUGAAACAGAGAGAGUAUUUUUUUUCUAGACAAAUCUGCCAAAACCCAAUAUAUAAAGUAGCACAUUUGGAUGUUUGGGGCACUCAGAAAAUAUGGAAUCCCAUAGUGUGGAGAGAAUUGAGAGUCAAAAUCAGAUCCCACAAACUCUGGAGCCUAGUAUAGGAGGAACCUCUUUCUUUAGAACAUGCUUCAAUGGCAUUAAUGCAUUAUCUGGUAUUGGAAUUAUAUCACUACCCUAUGCACUUUCACAAGGAGGAUGGUUAUGUUUAAUGAUUCUUUUCUUGGUAGCAAUUAUAUGUUGCUAUACAGGCUUCCUUUUACAAAAAUGUAUGAGUGCCUCACCAUCAAUCAGGACAUAUCCUGACAUUGGUGAAUUUGCUUUUGGGAACAAAGGGAGAGUCAUAAUAUCAAUUUUCUUGUACCUUGAGCUAUACUUAAUUGCUGUUGAACUCCUCAUAUUAGAAGGUGACAAUUUGCAAAAAUUAUUCCCAAAUGCAAAAAUUCAUGUUGGAAGCUUGAAAAUUGUAGGAAGAGAAGGCUUUGUUAUUUUAGUUGCUCUUAUAAUAUUGCCAACAACAUGGCUGAGGAACUUUGGUUUAUUGGCUUAUGUUUCUUUUGGAGGAGUUUUUGCCUCUAUUAUUUUGGUUUGUGCUGUUUUUUGGGUUGGUGCAGUCGAUGGUGUUCGUUUUGAAGAGAAAGGUGAUAUUUGGAGAUGGAGUGGAUUGAUAGGUGCUGUGAGUAUGUUCACAUUUUGUUAUUGUGGUCAUGCUGUUUUCCCAACAAUAUGCAAUUCCAUGAAGGAUAGGAGCCAAUUUCCUAAGGUUCUGCUCUUAUGCUUUAUACUGAGCACCUUCACAUAUGGAUCAAUGGCAACUAUGGGCUACUUAAUGUACGGGCAAAAUUUGAUGUCACAAAUAACCUUAAAUCUCCCUACUGAAAAAAUUAGCUCGAAAAUCGCGAUAUACACGACAUUGAUCAAUCCAUUAACCAAGUACGCUCUCAUCGUCUCUCCAAUUGCGACUGCUAUUGAAGAUACAUUACCAUUUCGAAGGAGUAAAUUUAUCGUGAGCUACUUCAUCAGAACAUUUUUGGUCAUCAGCACAGUCAGUGUGGCGUUAGCCGUUCCGUUUUUCGGAUAUGUCAUGAUAUUUACAGGCGCAUUUUUGGGCGUUAGUGUGUCUAUAUUGUUGCCAUGCCUAUGCUACCUCAAGAUCAAGAAGCCUUUAUCAAGGAAUUUUUAUAUAGAAGUUAUGUUUAUUGGGUUGAUUUUAGUUUUUGGGAUUUCUGUUGCUAUAUCUGGAACUUACAUUUCUUUGAAAAACAUCAUCAGUCAUGUCUAGGGUGGCAGAUGAGUAGUUAGAGAUGAAUUGGACGGAUCAAAAUGGGUUGAAUCAAUAAAGGAAUGUCAUUGGCUAACUCUGCUCAAAAAUUUAUUUGGGCUUAAAUAGGUUGGUUUUAGAUGGGCCAAAUAAUGACAUGUAGCUCAACCCACCUAGCUUGACCCAUUUGUUUUUUCUUCUGGAAAUUUCAGUAGACGUUAUAAACCAAAUACUCCCAAAUAAGUCAUAUAUAGUGUGCACAAAUUCAAUUCAUAAGUUCUGAAA